AUGAAACGGUUCUUUCUGAAUGAAGCUGCAGAUUUGGUCAGUCUGGGUACCAAGUCGAUGAACUCAGACUCCUUCACUAGGUGUUUUGCGCCAAUAUCUGCACUAGAAAUGCAUCACUCUGGUGUGUUGUACAUAUUUUCUCUUCUCGUCCGUUAUCUCAUACUUUUUCCUCUACGCUUCACUUUUUUCAUCACGGGCACAGUUGUGUUUGCGCUCAUUUUUCUCUUCGGAAUCAUUUUGAAGAGUGACAGGGUGAUCGCCUUCUCUUUUCUGCUCUACUGCAACGUGUUCUGCAUGUCAUUUGGUGCGCGGAUUAGGAACCACGGGAACAAGAGGUUGCUUGACGUGCCGCAUGUGUACGUGGCGAAUCACACAUCUUUUCUAGAUUUCUUAGUUCUCAGUUCGCACAAGUUCUGCCAUGCGAGCCUGGCAGAGAAUCACGGCGGCCUUUUCGGCUUCUUCUUCAAAAACCUGCUUUUGAGAAACGGGAGCUUGUACUUCAAGAGAUGUGAGAAAAACGAUAAGUGUAUUGUAAAGGAAAGGAUCAAACAGCACAUAAAGAGCAUGAAAACGCCCAUGUUGAUAUUUCCGGAGGGCACGUGCGUGAAUAACAAGUACACGGUUCUAUUUCAGAAGAGCGUGUUCGAAAUUGAUACCACGAUUUGUCCUGUGGCUAUAAAAUAUAAAAGAACGCUUUUUGAUCCGUACUGGAACAGAAGAAGACAUACGUUCACAGAGCAUCUGCUGUAUCUCAUGUCCCGGUGGUGCAUGGACGUGGAUGUCUACUGGAUGGACCCGGUUACCAGGGAAAAGAAUGAAAGCGUGUUUGACUUUGUGAACCGUGUAAAAAAGCUUAUAAGCGAAAAGGCCGGAUUGGUAUCUCUUAAAUGGAACGGGUACAUGAAGAACAAGAUAAUCGUGAAAGACAUAGAAAUAUUGCGUGCGGCAUUUCGGCAAACGUAUCUGGAUGUUAUCGGCGAGCGAGUUCGUGAGGACAAGCGGGGCGCAUCGGAGGAUGUGAUAUGCAAGAAUUUUAGUAUGAACGAUUUGGACAACAUCGGCAAGAAGACGAGUGGGCAGAUCGUCAAGAGCACAAAAAGUGGCAAGCACAACAUAAUUUACUUCAGACAAGAUGAAAAUGGUCAGCAAUCAUUUGCUGACACGCACAGUCAAGGAAACACCGUGAACAGGAAGCACAAAGGACGAUUCGCCCGUAAGAAGGAGCUUUACGUGUGCGAGAAUCCUGAACUGAUUUAUUUCAACGCCAUAAACUACGACACGUUCAUACAAACUGUCCUGGAUAGGUAUUCGUUGAUAAAGUACCGGGGAUGCGAUGUCAAAUGUGAUUUUGACAAUUUCCUAGUUAAAACAAUGAAGGUUGGAUGCUCGUGCAAUAACAAAAAGAUUCUUAAGAAGAUGAAAUUCGUCACAGGGAUGUGCAGAAAAGAAGCGAAUUAGCGGGCUCUAAGCAUAGAUAAAGCAUAAAUAGAUACCUGAUAUGCCUAUUGUCUCUAUACCGACCGAUAGAAUUAUAUUUUGUUAUUUCCUUCGUCUGUUGCUGCCUUAGUCCUUUUUCACCAGAAUCAUGUUUAAUUUAUCACACCAGUCCUUUUUUUUCGUCAAAAAUCGUUCAUUUAUCUCUCGUACGGCAGCACCUAAACAACCUACUUUCCAGGUUCACUGGAACCGAUCGUGAACACGGGUCUUUUCAUGGUCCUUCAUCAUUAAUGUGAGAUAAAACAAUAGUACCGUAAAAUUGUUGCUAAACCACACCGAUAUUUGCGUAU